AUGGGGGCGCUGUGCUCGAGUCUGGUGGUGGUGCCGCAUCGUCCUCCUUCGUACCAGCUGGCUGCAUACCAAAUGCACCGAGACCAGUUUUGGAGGCCUUACAUCAGUGUCACCAGUCUGCAGCCCAAGCCCCAGAGGACCCUGUCGGUACCGUUAAGGUACAGGGCCCGCGGGCCGUGCGGAUACCUGGUGGUGUUAUGCAGCUGGUGGCCACUACUUGUUCAGCAGUUGUCAGGUCAGGCUGUGCUUUUUGAACCUUCUGAGUCCGGGUUGCCAGUUGGGUUGCUGGCCUCUCCAUGUUUGGUCCAGGUGGAUAAGGGCGUUGCCUACAUCCCAGUCACCAAUGUAGGGACAGCGGAAGCUGUUCUCCACCCGCGGACCCGUUUGGGAGUGAUAAGCAAAGCUACUGUUGUUAGCCUCCCUGCCGGUGUUAGCGAGGAACACUCUUUUCCCGUUACCGUUUCCUCCCAUACAACCAGCAGCCCUGCUCAAGAGAUGGUGGAUACGAUUGACCUGUCUGCUCUCGCUGAGUCAGAGCAACAUGAGGUACGGUUACUUUUGCGGAAGUACCGCUCUGUUUUCUCCACUUAUGAGGGAGACUUGGGCUGCACAAACCUCAUUUCGCACGACAUACCGCUGCUCGAUGACGCACCUGUCCGGCAGAGGUACAGGCGAAUUCCUCCUUCUGAUUAUGAGGCUGUCAGGGCUCAUAUCAACCAGCUACUGGAGGCCCAGGUAAUUAGGGAAAGUAGCAGUCCUUAUGCCUCUCCCAUCGUGUUGGUCCGCAAGAAGGAUGGAAGCCUCCGUCUGUGCGUUGACUAUCGUUUGCUGAAUAGCAAAACAAGGAAGGACGCCUUCCCCUUACCUCGCAUCGAGGAAAGUCUGGAUGCCCUAGCUGGCGCACGCUGGUUUUCUACCAUCGAUCUGGCCAGCGGGUACAACCAGGUGCCAGUUUCUGAGCAGGAUAAGCCCAAGACCGCUUUUUGCACGCCGUUUGGCCUGUUCGAGUGGAAUCGUAUGCCAUUCGGGCUGUGCAAUGCUCCUGGUACCUUCCAGCGCCUAAUGCAGAGGAUGUUCGGGGAUCAGCAGUGCCAGUCAUUACUGCUGUACCUAGACGACAUCAUUGUGUUCUCCUCGUCUGUCUCUCAGCACCUGCAACGGCUAGAGAUGGUGAUGGCAAGGCUGCAGCAACAGGGGCUCAAGGCUAAGUUAGAAAAGUGUGCCUUUUUCCAGCAGAAGGUUAACUACUUGGGCCAUGUAAUCUCCUGUGAGGGUGUCUCGACCGAUCCAGCCAAGGUUGACGCAGUAGCCAAAUGGCAGUGUCCUCGUUCCGUGUCAGAGUUGCGAUCCUUUUUGGGUUUCGCCAGCUAUUACCGGCGCUUUGUGGAGGGGUUUGCCGCAUUGGCGGCGUUGGCGGCUGGCACAAAGACAAAGAAGGGCUCGGGACAGAGUUUGAGUGCUAUUUGGACCCCUCAGUGUGAGGAGAGCUUUGAGGCCCUGAAAGCAAAGCUUGUGUCUGCACCUGUGCUAGCAUAUGCUGACUUUACGUGCCCAUUUAUCUUGGAGAUUGACGCCAGCCACAGUGGUUUAGGUGCAGUUCUCUCCCAAGAUGUAGAGGGUGUCGUUAGGCCAGUGGCUUAUGCUAGUCGAGGUCUUCGGCCACAUGAGCGCAAUAUGGACAAUUACAGCUCCAUGAAGCUGGAGUUUCUUGCGCUCAAGUGGGCCAUGGCCGAGAAGUUCCGGGAGUACCUGCUGGGGCAGAAGUGUGUGGUUUACACCGAUAACAAUCCACUCAGUUACCUCUCUUCAGCUAAGCUGGGUGCCACCGAGCAGAGGUGGGCCUCCCAGCUGGCAGCAUUCGAUUUUGAGAUCAAGUAUCGCUCAGGCCGCAGUAAUAGGAAUGCUGAUGCUCUCUCUCGACAGUAUGAGACGAGCUCCAGCUUGGCCGAGGGUGUGUUGCCUGGGACUUGUGUCCCGACUUCACUUCAGCAGGCUCAGUGUCCAGCCGUUUUGCCCUCCGUUACUCAGUUGGAGAUUGGGGCCUUUCCAUCUCACUCCCUGGAGGAUAUUCGUGCUUUGCAGGAGGCUGACCCCCUCCUCAAGGAUUUCUUGGUAUACUGGAGGAGGCACACCCCGCCCUCUUCAGAGGAAAGGAGUCAGGUCCCCAAACCAGUCAUGGUUCUGCUGCGUCAGUGGGACCGUCUGGUGGAGAAGGAUGGCAUCCUUUAUCGCCGUAUUUUGCGUCCAGGUGGAGGUGAGGAAGCCCUCCAACUUGUUCUCCCAGAGGCUCUGAAGCCUGAGACCUUGAGGCAGCUGCACCAGGACCAUGGGCACCAAGGUAUUGAGCGUACCACUGAACUGGUCAGGCAGCGUUGCUAUUGGCCCGGGAUGUCCUCUGACAUCAAGCAAUGGGUUCAGCGUUGUGAACGCUGUCAGGUCGCAAAGGACUCAGAGUUGGGGUCUCACAGUUAUAUGGGUCACCUGUUGGCGUCUAGGCCAAAUGAAAUCCUGGCCAUAGACUUCACGGUGUUGGAACCUUCCCGUAGUGGAGUUGAAAACGUCUUGGUUAUGACUGACGUUUUUAGCAAAUACACUGUUGCAGUCCCUACCCGGGACCAGCGGGCCUCUACUGUGGCCCAGGCCCUGUUAACAGAGUGGUUUUUUAAGUUUGGCGUUCCAAGCCGCCUCCACUCUGACCAGGGUAGAAAUUUUGAGAGUUUGGUGAUGCAACAGUUAUGCGAAUUGUAUCGGGUAGCCAAGUCCCGUACAACCCCUUACCACCCAGCGGGUAAUGGGCAGUGCGAACGGUUUAACCGAACCCUCCAUAACCUCCUCCGGACUCUGCCAUCAUCUCGGAAACGUGACUGGGCUGCAUGCUUACCGCAUGUGCUCUUUUGCUAUAAUAGCACGCCACAUCAGGGCACUGGAGAGUCACCGUUUCUCUUGAUGUUUGGCAGGGAUCCUAGGCUGCCUAUUGAUUUCCUUCUAGGCCGCGUUCAGGACCCAGUGCCUGGAGAGGUACAGGACUGGGUGGCCGAGCACCAAGCCAGGUUAAUGGUGGCUUUUGAGGGAGCUCGGGCACGGUUGUCGCUGGCCGCUGACCGUCGUAAGGAGCGGCAUGACCAGAGAGUCCACCCUGUCCCUUUAAAGGUCGGUCAGCUGGUGUAUCUUCGAGAUCACAGCGCCCGGGGCCGGCACAAGAUCCAGGACCUUUGGAGCUCUGUGGUCUAUCAGGUGUUGAGGGCACCCCAAGAGAACGGGGCUGUUUAUACCAUUGCCCCCGUGGGAGACUUGGAGAAGGUUCGACAUGUCCAUUGUCGGGGUGGCUGUAGCUCAGGUAGAGUUCCAUCGGUGGAGCUCAGGUCUACUCCCAGUGUGAUUGUAGCACCCUCGACCUCUGCUCCCCCAGGUUCUUCCUCAGGCUCUGUUGAACAGUCUGAGGAUGAACUGAGCACACAGGAUGGACUGGUCUUCAAGGGAGAGAGAGUGGUGAUUCCAGAAGCACUCCAGGCAGAUAUAACACAGCAAAUUCACUCAACAUACAUCGGCACAGAAGGGUGCCUCAGGAGAGCUAGAGACUGCGUCUACUGGCACGGUAUGAACGACCACAUCAAAAAGUACAUCGCUACAUGUGACAUAUGUCGGUCUGUGGAUGCAAAACAACAGAAAGAGACACUAAAACCACACGAGCUGACCACUAGACCAUGGACCAAAGUUGGGACAGAUUUAUUCAACUUUGAGGGUAGGGACUACCUAAUAACUGUUGAUUAUUACUCCAACUUUUGGGAGAUAGAUUAUCUACCUGAUACCAAGUCAAAUACUGUGAUCAGGAAACUAAAGGCUCAUUUCGCACAUCAGGGAUCCCCAAAUAUUGUUUUUUCUGACAACGGGCCCCAGUACAGCUCGACAGAGUUUGCCAACUUCAGCCGGAAAUGGGAAUUUCGACACCAUACCUCAUCACCUGGCUAUCCGCAGAGCAACGGCAAAGCUGAGUACCAAGUUGCUCUUCCACCUUUCUCAACUGGUUCACACUAA